CUUUUCGCGUGGUACGCAUGAUAUGAAAAAGUGUCCACUGUAGCCUACUAUUGUCCAAGCUACAGAAUAAAGUGUUGCUCAAUCUCCGUCCCAGUCCUUCCCCAAUGGAUCGAACCUCCAAGCGCAGGCAGGUCAAGCCCCUGGCUGCUUCCCUUUUAGAGGUCCUGGAUUAUGACAGCUCGGACGACAGCGAUUUCGAAGUGGAAGAUGCAGAUGCCUCAGGGUCAGAGGGCACGGGGAACGGCAGUGAUGACGAGGGCUCCAAAGACAGCCCCGGAGGUCCAAACAGUGACUCGGAUGCUGUCGUGUCUCCUGACGAUGAGGCCGUGGAUGACGAGGAGAUCAAAGAGCCAAAAGACGAUGUGCAAGAGGACGAGAAAUCCAAAGACCAGCCGUCGUCUGAGGAAGGCAGCAAAAAAGAAACCGUCCCAAAAAACCGCAAGAAAACUGAGAAGACCUCAGACGCGGAACCAAACGGGGGCAGCGCCGUGGAAGAAAGCCCGAAAAAGUGGAACCUUCGGAGAAACCGCCCCAUGCUGGACUUCACCACGAUGGACCAGCUGAACGAGAUGGACGAUUACGACAGCGAGGACGACAACGACUGGAGGCCAAAGCCGGGCAAGAAGAAGAACAAAGCAGCAGGAAAGGAGAAAGGAGGGAGCAAGGAUGAGGAAGGGGACGAAGGUAGCGUAGAGGACGACGACGACGACGAUGAUGACGACGACGACGAUGAUGACGACGAUGAAGGCGACGACGAUGAAGGCGACGACGAUGACAACAAAGGUGAGGACAACGACGACAACGACGAUGAGAGCAGCAGCAGCAGCGACAGUGAAGUGACGGUCAAAAAAGCGAAGAAGAAGGCGAGCAAGAACACCGGAGCGUUUGAUGAGGAGGAGACCAACGACAGCCACAGCACAUCUCAAGGAAAAGGAAAUGAGGACUCUUUGGCAGAACGAGCUCAGGUGUGGGCCGCGCAACGGAUGGAGCACAUUCUGAUCUGCUGUGUCUGUCUGGGAGACAACAGCGAGGACACCGACGAGAUCAUCCAGUGUGACAACUGCGGCGUGACGGUGCACGAAGGCUGCUAUGGGGUUGACGGCGAGAGUGACUCGAUCAUGAGUUCGGCCUCGGAGAACUCCACAGAACCGUGGUUUUGCGAUGCCUGUAAGAACGGAGUGAUGCCCAGCUGUGAGCUUUGCCCCAAUCAGGAUGGAAUCUUCAAGGAGACAGAUGCUGGGAGGUGGGUGCACGUCGUAUGCGCGCUCUAUGUUCCAGGAGUGGCGUUCGGAGACAUCGACAAGCUACGGCCUGUGACGCUGACAGAAAUGAACUACACCAAGUACGGUGCAAAGGAGUGCAGUCUCUGCGAGGAUGCCCGCUUCGCCCGUACCGGCGUGUGUAUCAGCUGCGACGCGGGCAUGUGUCGCUCCUACUUCCACGUGACAUGCGCUCAGCGGGAAGGCCUUCUGUCCGAGGCUGCUGCAGAAGAGGACAUAGCCGACCCGUUUUUCGCUUACUGUAAGCAGCACGCCGACCGCUUCGACAGGAAGUGGAAGAGGAAGAACUACCUGGCUCUCCAGUCCUACUGCAAAAUGUCACUGCAUGAGCGAGAAAAGCAGCUGACUCCCGAAGCCCAGGUCUCCUAUGUUUUCAAUGCUUUUGAGCUUAACAGUCUUUCAGUAAAGGCUAGGAUCAGCGCACGGCUGCAGCAGUACCGGGCGAAGGCAGAAGUGUCCCGGAACGCACGUCCUCAAGCGUGGGUGCCACGCGAGAAGCUCCCGCGGCCACUCACCUCCAGCGCCUCGGCCGUGCGAAAGCUCCUGCGUAAAGCCGAGCUGAUGGGCAUCAGCACGGACGUGUUCGCCACCGACACUGCAGACGCCAGCGCCAGCCUGGACGGACGCCGGAAACACAAACAGCCUGCACUCACUGCUGAUUUCGUCAACUACUACCUCGAGCGGAACAUGAGGAUGAUCCAAAUCCAGGACAACAUCUUGGAGCAGAAGAACCUGAAAGACAAGCUGGAGAGCGAGCAGGAGAAGCUGCAUGUAGAGUACAACAAGCUCUGCGAGUCUCUGGAGGACCUGCAGAAUGUCAACGGGCUGCUGAGGACCGAAGGCCAGUCCGUGUGGAACAUGUUGGGAAACAUUCUCGGGCAGAAACUGAAUUCACCAGCUGUUUUAAAGCCUCCCAAAGAGAGAAAGCCGAGCAAGAAAGAAGGUGGAAGUCCGGGGAAGUCCUCGAGUCUUCCAGCUGUGCUCUACAGUUGUGGAAUCUGUAAGAAGAACCAAGACCAGCAUCUCCUGUUACUGUGCGACACCUGCAAACUGCACUACCACCUGGGCUGCCUGGAUCCACCUCUCACCCGCAUGCCGAAGAAGACCAAGAAUAGCUACUGGCAGUGCUCAGAAUGCGACCAAGCCAGCAGCGACGAGGCAGACAUCGCCAUGGAGACACUCCCUGAUGGCACCAAGAGGUCCAGGAGGCAGAUCAAAGGACCAAUCAAAUUCAUUCCUCAGGACAUGUCACCAGAGCCUAAAAAACUGCAACUGAGGGGCACGAGAACCCGGGGCCAGAAGAGGAAGAGGGUGUCUAUCUGCGAGGAAGAAAAAAUAGAGGAACCGGCACCGCGGGAACGCAGGCAGCGGCAGUCAGUGCUGCAAAAAAAACCAAAAGCUGAUGACACAAGGACGGAGUGUGCCACCUGCAAAGGGCCCGGCGACAACGAGAACCUUGUUAGGUCGUGAGAGCCGGGCGCCACCUCUCCCACCUCCCCCCCCACGCUCCUCCCCUAAAAAAUCUGGGGACAGAUGAGAGAGGGACAGAGAGGGAGAAAGAGAAAAAAGAGAGAGGCAGAUUAAGUCGUUUCGAAGAGCGGCGUCCAGGUCGGGGCAGGAAGUCGCUGACGACGGCCUCCGCUGACCGUCACCUUUGACAUCACUUCCUGCUCACAACCGUGGAAUUUAACACGUUGACUCUUUUGUGCCACAGAGAAACUUUCAGGAGAGAUUUUUUUCUUUUUUUUUUUUUUUUUUUAAUUACACAUGGAUUUUAAAGCUUGUGAAUUAAAGGAAUUAAAGGUGAUGAUUGUGCCACAGUGGAUUCUAAAAGAGGACUAAGUGGAUCUUGAGGACAAUUAGGUGUAGCCAUUUUGGAUCGAGACUUUAACAAGUACCGGACAGAAUCUCUGAGGCUGGACAUGUAGCCGCUCGUGCUUUGGACUCUCGUGUAAUGGGGAACUUUCCAACUCUUAUCAAGCCCUGCUUCCAGUGGCCUUCAUGCAAUCCUGGCCAGUUUGGGACAAUUCCGUGCAGCCCUCUCCUUUUCCUCUUUGCCUCUCAUCUUUCUGCAUAUCCCUUUUUUUCCAACCUGAAUGUUGUCUGUCCUCUGUGUUAACACAUGAUGAAUGCUUUUGAACUGAACCCUGUGCUGCUCCCGUUGCUUAUUGCUUAUACCAUGUGAAACUGUUUAGUAGCGAGUAGAGAAUUCGAAGCGCAACAGUAUUUCCUUUUUCCCGUAAAGUAUUUACUUAAAUCUGUGCAUCUGUAUUGCAAAAUUAAUAUUUACAUUGUAGUUCAAAAAUAUCAGUCGAAAAAAAUAAUUUAGCAAGUCUAAAGUUUGUGGUGAUGGUGUCGUCGGUACCACCGUAUCUUUCUUUAUUUUUCAUGUGUAGGCAGAAUUGUGAUGUGGUUCACUCUUUGCCUCGUGGUGAAGCAUGUUGUACUUUACGACAGCUCAGCUGCCUGAUAUUUUAGUCGAGAUAGCUAGAAGUGUUCCUCUGUAGGAUUCUUACUGUAUGUAUUUGUCCCCUUUCAUAUGAUAGCCUUUAAGUGCAAGACAUGGAAACACACCAAAAACAGAAAUCAAAGAAUAAAUGAGUAAAUCUAAAAGAUAUCAACAGGAACAUCAGAAAUCGCAAAACUGCAAAUUAGAAAAUAAAAGAACGAAACCAAAAAUGCAAGAGCCAAACAGAAAGUGGCAUUACAAAAUCAUAAAUGAAAUGACAAAUAAUAAAACAGCAAAGAAACAAAAUCACCAAUAGUGACAAUGUUUUGUUUUUUUGUUUUGUAGGUUCUGCCGUAGUGAUGCUUUCAUUUUGUGUUUGGUUUUGCUCUAGUGUCCAUAAUGUUGCUGUAGUGUUUAUUGUUUGGUUGGACAUUUUAUAGUUUUGUUGCUGUUAGUUUUGCUGUAGUGCUGUUAUUGUGUAGUGUUUGUGGUUUAGCUGUUGCGUUUUUAGUUUUGAUGUUGCACAUUUUGCUGUAGUCAUGUUUGUUUUUGCGUGUUUGUUUUGCUUUAGUCGUGAUUGUUUUUUGCUCUAGUCGUGUUUAUUUUCUUGUAGUCUU